AUGGAAGUGGCAGCAGAACACUUCAACCCCAAUGAAUGUGAAAAAAUUGGAAUGCAGGAGGGAAACCCAAUGAAUCAAGAUCUGAUUGUGAAGGAUGGCAAUAAGCAAUAUAUAGCAAUGCAUGGGGAAGUGAUGAGGAGUUCAGCCCUACUUCUGCCCACGACGAUAAUUGAUGAGAAUUGA